AUGUGUAGUGUAAAGGGAAGUUUUUUUCGACCAUGGGACAGUGUCGAAGAGUCAUCGGAAUCCCUGUCUGACAACCUCAGUCCCAAUAUAAAAAGUGAAUAUGAAGAAGAAAAUAAAAGUGUUUCAUCGCGAAGUGAUGAUUCACCAGAAAAUGGUAGUUUAGAUAUGUUAUCAAAUUUUGUAUUUAAUUCCUCGCGUGACUUAAAUACUUACGAAGGAUCAAUGGAGAGAACAACUGAGAGAACAACCAGUUCGCCUUGUGACUCUUGUCCGUCAAUAGCAUCUCCAAAUUCAGCAUUUACACCCACGUAUACUCCAAUUUGUACGGAUUAUUUAUCAGCACUCGGAAGUAAUCCAAUUAUGUCCUAUGAUGCAACUGUUAAUCUGCUCCAAUCACAAAUUUAUUAUCCCGGUCAUUAUCCAUCGGUUGAGGAAGCUGUUCGAUUGAUUCAUCAGCAAGACAUUGCUGCCAAACAAAUGAAAAAGCUGAGACCAAAGAAAUUUCGCUGCGAACAUUGCAAUGUUGCUUUCAGCAACAAUGGACAGCUUCGAGGACACAUCAGAAUACACACGGGAGAAAGACCUUUCGAAUGUGACUCCUGCGGUAAAAAAUUUACAAGAAACGAAGAGCUGACCCGACACAAAAGAAUCCACACGGGAUUAAGACCACACGCGUGUGUUAUUUGUGGAAAACGUUUUGGCAGAAAGGAUCAUUUAAAAAAACACACAAGAACACACGACAACCGUGGACCAUUUCCGCUGCCACAUCUUGGGGCUUUUGGACAUCCAACUUUACUAUCACCGUAUUUUUAUUCUCCAUAA